ACAGUAUUUCAUGUUGCACGAAUGUCCAUUGUAGAACACGUUUAUUUUGAUCGAAAAAUUGUGCAUUCCUGCAACAUUACAUAUCAUACAAAUUUCCAGUUUAAUUCAAGUCAUUUACAAUACCAAUAAACAGGAAUCAAGUCCGAGCACAAUUUCCUUCUAAAAACAAUCACUAUUUACCAAGUAUAGUUAUAAAUAAAAUAAUAAGAAUCAAUCGAGCUGGCUUGACGAUUGAACUAUACAAAGUGGUAGUCAUAACGUUGUUGUAUUUUGUAUUUAAUAUCAAUUGUGUUGUUAUCCGCAAAUAAAAUGUUUCAGCCAUUCAAUCAGAAUGGAAACGGAGGCUACUCGAUACCGAAACCAAGAACCGCAUAUGACGCAUAUCUUGACAGCGUAACUGGACAGAAUAGAUUAAACUUUAUUGAAUUGAGCGCAUCCGUUCUUCAUUCAUAUUUUUGUAGAGAUAAUACUUGUGCCCGAUAUGGGUGUUCCGUUAUGAAAACCAAAAGAUAUCACAUCGAAACUUGUGAAGUGAAUAUAAGAUUAUGUCGAAUUUGCCGUCAACUCCUCAACAUUUACGAUAAACAUGCAAAACGUUGUGAGGAGAUAGGAUGCCGAAUUCCUUGGUGUCAGGUUAUCAGACCAAGAUAUUUACAGAAGGAGCUUGCUCAAAGUUUUAUGUCUAUGUCGGCAAAAUUAAAUGUGCAAUAUAUGGCAAACGCUGCUGGCUGUCAAUCAUCAGGAAGACAGUGUUAUACAAUGGGAAGUUCAAUGAAUCCCACGACCAGCAACGCUGGAUAUCAAAUGGCACAAAUGCAAAAGAGCAAUGUCAAUGUUUACAAUCAAUAUGCCGGUUUGUCUAGCAAUAGCAACGCAAACAGUUCAACUUUACAAGAAAAUAGAUCAUAUGUUCAAACGCCGACGUGCAGUGCAGGAAUACAAAUGCAACAGUCACUACAGAUGAAAAAUACCAACAUCCAAUCACAAAAUCGAUUAAUUCAGACCGAAAAAAAGAGAGAGUCUCAGCAAAAUCAUCCAAAUCUAGCGAUUGGAGGGAGUGUUCCAAAAACAAAUUAUCGAUCAAUCAAUGACCUAUUGAUGCCAAACAAAGAUGUCAAAAGGAAAUUGGAAACACAAUUUGUAAAGAUGUCGGGACCCUCGAAUGAAGUGAUUGAUGAAACGGCUGUGUCCAUUGAUGACAGCACCGCAAAACCAAGCAAACGACGAACAGUGAUACAUUCUCCAGUCAACAUCAAUCCGAACAACAUUCAAACCACUGAACCAGGUACAUCGUCUGCAUCGACUACGUCGUCUACAUCGUCUGUUUCUUUUCUGUCACCUACACGGAAUCCAAGACAAAUAGUAAAUGGGUCUUGGCGCGAUUCAAUCAAACCCGAAAUGCGAAAAAUAUUAAUUGAACGAUUAAAAAACACAUAUUUUCCGUCAGCAAGUACGAUUGAUUCACAUAAUGGAUUGUUUUCGCUUUGCGCAGAAACAGCAGAGAAACUUAUUUACCAUAAUGCAAAAACUGCAUCCAAUUAUUUUCAUGGAAUGGCCGCUAAAAUAUACAGAACGAAUGACCAAAUACAAUUACAGGUCUGAAAGAUGUAUAGAUCUUAUGGUUAGGUAGUUCUUGUUUAUUGUAUUAAAAAUCUCAAGUUUUUUGUAAGAUCUUUGGUCAACAGACGACCAUAAGUAUAUAUAAAGCAAUAGAUUUAUAUAUAUGUACAAACUUAGAGAUUUCAGGGGGAGGGGUGGUUUCACAAAUAAGUGAAUUGUUUAGGUACAACAAAGACCAAUUUUUCACUUAAAAUCUUGAAAUUUUCAUUUUUAUCCAGUCUAAAAUGGCAAAGGGGUGGGGAAGGGUGUCUUAAUUGAACUCAUUUUAUAGAAUUUUUAUAAAUACUUUUUAACAUAAAUGUACGAUCAAUGUAUUACCAAUGUUAAGGCCAAUAUGACGAUAUUAAA